AGGUGAGAGAAGCUGUGACGGUAACAUACUACUUUGAUUCGUGGCUGAAGCUCCUGGAAGAACAGAGCACUGAGGAGUUGCAUGUUGCUGGCCCGCUGUUCAACAUUCAAGUGGAUGUAGUAGAGGCUGUGACAGCCAUUCACAUCCCUCACUUCUUGUCUCUUUCAGCUGAAGACCAUUCCGGGGUCUACAUUGCACAUUUUGUCAAAGGGGAGAUGAAGCUGGAGAAGCCAGACCGAGUGGAGCCUCAUCAUGCUGUGCUGGAAAACCCCAAGUUCUCUUCCCUUGGAAUCAUUUUCAAAAAGAUGUUUAAGCAAAAGAUCAACACCGUGGCACGGCUCUAUCAGAUACUUCGAUUCAAAAUGCCAAUAUUCCACCUAUACCUCUUACCCAAUGACCCCUCCCUAAUAAAGGCUGUUGAUGAGCAUGAAGCAAAUUGCCAUUCACAGAGAAUAGAGAAACCCCCUGGGACCCUGAUAAGUCUGAAGAUUGGCACUUCCGUCUUUGUGCAGACCUUAGACGAUGUCACAAUCUGGCCUGAGGAAGUGAAGUUUCAAUACCUGGAUGCCGAGAAGCUGCAGCAGUACGUGGAGCUGUCUGCUGAGCAAAUGCAAGAGAAGUUCAGCUUCACGCUGGUGGAGAAGCGCACAAAUAAACUCAUCUGGAAGGCUGACGUGAAACGAGGUGUGUUUUGAGUGAGGGAACAUCACAAGGUU